AUGAACUCAAUAAUUAAACGCUUCAGUUUACCCAAGGUCACGCGGUUGGUGUUGGCUCUCAAUAUCAGUUUGUCGAUCAUUGUAUUUUACUAUAAAUCACAAGCAUACGCUCAAUUGACAUCGUCGGGGAAGCCGGCCACCACCGAGGAGGUUGAUUUUGCAGGGUUGUCGAUUCCAUUUUUCCAAUUGAUCCCAUCAAGCGUGAUUAAGAAUCCGUGGACAUUGGUGAUCUCCAGUUUUUUGGAAUCAACAAUUCUCGGGUUUUUCUUUACCGUUGCCAAUACUGUGGUGUCAAUAAGGUAUUUUGAAAAAGUCUGGGGCACGAAAGAGACGAUCAAGUUUUUAUUGAUCGUGUCAACAUUGACGAAUUUGUUGACGGCGGUGUUUCUCACAUUAUGGAAAUCAAAUACCGCUGAUCAAUCUAUAUUAAAUAAAUCCGCAAGUGGUUGUUUCUCAUUGAUUUUGGCGUAUGUGGUGGCGUUCAAACAACACUUGCCGGAACACAACUUGAUUUUCUUCAAAGGAGCGUUCCAUCUUAGAGUCAAGCACGUUCCGUUCAUUUCUUUAAUUGUUUUGCUAGUAUUGCCAUUCAUCACAAAAAGUUAUUAUCCUACUUUGAACUCGCUAUUAUGUUUUGGAAUCUCCUGGACGUACCUCAGAUUCUUCCAAUCGAUGAUUUUGGAGCCCUUGAUCCCAUUGACCUCCAGUACCACCGCCAGUUCUAAUGCUAAUAAUGGUGAUACCACCAAUGAUAUCUCUGAUAAUCUACAAUUUGGGGUGCAUCGUGUUCAAGGGGACGCGUCGGAUACUUUUGCAUUUGCUUAUUUCUUUCCUGACGUGAUCCAUCCGAUCGUCUCGCCGGUUUUCAACGCUAUUUAUCAAAUAAUGGCGUCUAUCGGAGUGAUCCAUGGGUUCAAUGAUGAAGACGUGGCUCAGUCUAAUGAACGGGCCAUUAGGAGAAGUACCGCAAGGGCCGGCAGAAGUAGUCUGAGUAAUAUUGCCGAAAGACGUCGUCAAGUGGCAUUAAAGGUGCUUGAGGAAAGAAUUGGUACUUCAUAA